ACAAUAAAAUUUUUCAAUUAAUGGGUAUUAAACAUUCUGUGACAUCAGCAUACCAUGCUCAAAGUAAUGGUCAAGAUGAAUGUACAAAUCAAACUUUUAAACGUGCUUUAAGCAAGUAUACUAAUAAUGAGAUGAAUGACUGGGAUAGUUACACAUCUGCAAUUGCUUAUGGACUGAACAUAUCAUGCCAGAAAUCUACAAAGAUGACUCCGUUUUAUCUAAUGUAUUUAAGACAUCCUCUAGGUAUUGAGAUGAUAAAUGUUCUAAAUGAGACUGAUGAUUCUUUAAAUAGUAGUUUUCUUGAAAAAAUAUCUGACUCUACAGUAGAAAAGUUAGUUAAUGAUUGUGAGGCUGUUGAGAAAAAAGUUAGGGAAAAUAUAAAAAUUGCUCAAGAAAAGCAGUGUAAGCAACAUAUGAAAAAAGUUGCAAAAAAGGGUAUAAAGACAUUUACAUUUAAAAUAAAUGAUCAAGUGAUGAAGUUAAAUGCAAGAAAACGAGGUCGCAAAGGUGAGCCUUUAUCUAAGGAGUGGAUGGGACCAUAUACUCUAGCUGAUUUAAACAUAAAAGAUUUGUCAUACAGUAGUUACCCUGCAACAAAUACAGUUAAAAAAUCUGAACCUGGUCAAAUAACGUCAUCACAAAAUCAAUUUUAUAUUAAAAACAUUGACUCUAUUGAUACUUAUUCAUCCAAAAAUAGCAUUACAUUUAGUGUACCAAUAUCUGCAUUUGAGAGUAUAUUGAAUCAAAACAUGUUAGGAGACAUUGAAAUUAAUGCUGCUCAAGUAAUAUUAAAAAAUCAAUUUCCUGAUAUUCAAGGUAUGCAAGACACCUUAUUAGGAACAAAUCUCAUGUUCCGUAUACAGUCACAGGAGAUGCUACAAAUUUUGCAUGACGGAUCCCUUCACUGGUUGUUGAUUAGCACACUUGCAGCGAUAGAGUCGUUAAAAUUUAUGACUCAAUGA